UUCUUCACUACAAGAAACAUCAUUCACUUCCCAGAGCAAAAUGGGUUAUAGUAGUUGGAAGUGUUUGGCGGUGGUGGUUCUGGCCCUGAUAUCCUUCAGUCCCCCGGUCCCGGCAGAAGCCAUUUCAUGUACACAAGUAUUGCAAUUUCUGAUGCCGUGUCAGUCCUUUCUGCUGGGAGUGGGGGAAAUUAGCUCCCCUUGUUGCGUCGGCGCUCAAUCAUUGGCUCGAGCCACUGUUUCAUCGACAGACCGAAAAACAGUUUGUCAGUGCCUCAAGCAAGUUGCAUUGACGGUUAGAGUUAAUCUAGACAAUGCAAAGAAGCUUCCCCAGCUUUGCAAUAUUGAUGUCCCCGUUCCCGUGCAACUCAACGUCAACUGUGACGCGAUUCCGAUGAAUGAUGUCAGUUUCAGGUUGAACCAGUAUAAGAAUUUGGAGAGUAAGGCUUUUCGGCCGACAGAAGGAGGUCAUAACCCAUGUGUGGGUUACUGUUGUCCUCCUCCUGCACCUCCUCCUCAUCACAGAGCUUCCAUGAACCCAGAAGAUCAUAGCCUAGGUAUGGGCCACGAGAAUCAUCCUGGACCUCUUCCUCAUCCAACAGCUUUCCUGAACAAAGAAGAUCAUAGCCCAGGUAUGGGCCACGAUCAUCCUCCUCCAGCUCUUCCUCACUGCACAGCUUCCGUGAACGCUGAAGAUCAUAGCCCAGGCAUGGGUCAUGAUCAUCCUCCUCCAGCUCUUCCUCAUCGCUCAGAUUCUCUAAACGCCGAAGAUCAUAGCCCAGGAAUGGGCCACGAUCAUCCUCCUCCAGCUCUUGCUCAUCGCUCAGGUUCUCUAAACGCCGAAGAUCAUAGCCCAGGCAUGGGCCACGAUCAUCCUCCUCCAGCUCUUCCUCAUCGCUCAGCUUCUCUAAACGCCGAAGCUCAUAGCCCAGGCAUGGGCCACGAUCAUCCUCCCCCAGCUCUUGCUCAUCGCUCAGGUUCUCUAAACGCCGAAGCUCAUAGCCCAGGCAUGGGCCACGAUCAUCCUCCUCCAGCUCUUCCUCAUCGCUCAGGUUCUCUAAACGCCGAAGAUCAUAGCCCAGGAAUGGGCCACGAUCAUCCUCCUCCAGCUCUUGCUCAUCACUCAGGUUCUCUAAACGCUGAAGAUCAUAGCCCAGGCAUGGGCCACGAUCAUCCUCCUCCAGCUCUUCCUCAUCGCUCGGCUUCUCUAAACGCCGAAGCUCAUAGCCCGGGCAUGGGCCACGAUCAUCCUCCUCCAGCUAUUCCUCAUCGCUCAACUUCCAUGAACACAGAAGAUCAUAGCGCAAGGAUAGGCCGCAUUAUUCCUCCUCCUCUAAGUCCUCCAAAGGACUAAGUAAGCGGCGGCCCUUAAAUAUUAGUCUAUAUGUAAGUGGGAGACGAAAGUGUCCUCAGAAUCAGGGUGAAACUUCAAAGAUGCAAGAACCAAUGAGGAAAACUUGAUUUGGUAGCCUUGUACUGUUGUACAUGCAUCCGAAUAAGUAUCUAUAAACAAAAUGAAGCUUUACCUAAAUGCUUUUACUA